CCAUCUUCGACAACCCAUUAAUCUUGGACCUGGCGGAGAACGAAGACAGCAGCCGCGGAAAUCGGUGACAUUCCUUCCAUUUCGAAAAACCCUCCCUUUUACUUGGCUCCUUGGAAAUUCCAUUCCAUGAUGUUCUCGAGAAACCCUCUUUUCUAUCUUUUGGCUGUGUUCGGUGCGCGUGCCACCUCAACCGCCACCGCCAGCGGCCCGGGCUCUACUCUUGUAAAUCUUGGCGAGUUUGACUACAUUGUUGCUGGUGCUGGAGCCGCAGGUCUUGUCGCCGCCGAUCGUCUCUCGGAGGCCGGUAAAAAGGUCCUUCUCAUCGAGAGGGGCCCCCCAUCGACAUAUGCCACUGGCGGUAGGCUUGGGCCAGCUUGGCUUAACGGAGAGAAUCUCACCCGUUUCGACGUACCCGGUCUUUUCAAUCAAAUCUGGGUUGACUCUGCGGGAAUUCGAUGUGACGACAUUGACCAGAUGGCCGGGUGUCUUCUUGGUGGUGGUACCGCUGUCAACUCCGGUCUCUUUUUCAAGCCUCAAUCCAUCGACUGGGACUACAACUUCCCGGCCGAACCAUAUGACCUUAUUACCAAAGUCCUCUCCGCUGUUGGGUACACCUCUGUCACUGCCAAUGACUCUCCCAACAAGAAGAACCGCACUUUUGCCCACACUCCAUUCAUGUACUUUAAUGGCGAGCGCGGUGGUCCAUUGGCGACCUACUUCGAGACCGCCAGGGCGCGCUCCAACCUUCACAUUGUGCUCAACACCACCGUACGCAGGGUUAUCCGUAAGGGCGGGCGCAUUACUGGUGUUGAAGUGGUCGCUACCUCCUCGGAUGGUAAGACCGGUCUCUACUCUGUCACCCCGAACACUGGAAAGGUCUUGCUUGCCGCCGGUGCCUUCGGGUCGCCAAAGAUCUUGUUCCGUAGCGGUAUCGGCCCCCGCGAUCAGCUCGAAGUUGUCAAGGCAAGCGCGACCGACGGUUCCACAAUGAUCGAUUCCUCAAAAUGGAUCAAGCUCCCUGUCGGCUAUAACCUCCAGGAUCACCCGAGUACCGAUGUCGUCAUCAGCCAUCCAAGCGUGAAGGAUUAUGACUUUUUCGCAGCCUUCAACAACCCCAUACCCGCAGACCGGGACCUCUAUCUAAACAGCAGAGCUGGCAUCCUCGCCACCGCAGCGCCUGGUCCAAACACCAUGUUCUGGGAGUCCUUGGUGCCAUCCGACGGAAUCCCCCGCCAAUUCCAAUGGACCGCACGUGCCGAGGGUUCCAUUAACGAGAAAGGGGACACACUCGUCACGGCGAGCCAGUACAUAGGCACGGGCCUGAAGUCUCGCGGACGCAUGACCAUAAACUCGGACUUGAACAUGGCCGUCACGACAAGCCCGCACCUGAACGACCCUUACGACAUCGAAGCCGUAAUCCAGAGCGUCCAGUUGUUCGUGGAUGCACUUUCGGCGGACAAAAGCAUCACCAUAUUACAUCCUGCUCCUGGUCAAUCGGUCGCGGAGUACGUUAAUAACUACCCCGGCCACCGGGGUACCAAUCACUGGAUCGCAACCUGCAAGAUGGGGACCGAUGAUGGAACAAAAGGAAAUGGAACGACUGGGUCUGUUGUUGACACUGAUACAAAGGUCUAUGGCACUGAUAACUUGUUCGUGAUCGAUGCAUCCAUUUUCCCAGGACAAAUUACCGCAAACCCAACCGCGUCAAUCAUGAUUGCGGCCGAAAAGGCCAUUGAGAAUAUCCUGGCACUGAAGCAUGGCUACUAGGUACCAACAAUGUGGCGGCACAAACCGGUCAGGAGCGGAUGCUUGUGAGGGCCCGUACCUCCCCCACCAUCCGAGACGCUUUUUUGUAUGUAAAGAGGGUGGGGUGAUUUGCGUUUUCGCAGUAUAUAGUUUGUUUUACUUGUUUGGGGUUCGGGAAAUUUUCCAUCCGAACCAUCAGAUGGGAUGGUUCGGAGGGGGCUUGUCCUCGCCCUUGUUGAAAUGAAAUGUUGUAUCAAUCCG